AUGGCGGACCAAAGCUGGCUACGAUUUCUUGGGGGUAACAGAGCUCGACAGCACGAUCUGAAGUACCGUCGCUCCGAAGCAGCCCUACAAGACUUGUACAAAGAUCCUCCCGAAAGCAAAGAAAUCCAUGGCCAUCGCGUGAAGAAGAGCAUGGCGCGGCUCCCUAGCUGGCAAGAAGUAUCUCAGCCAAACCAGGCGGCUGCCGCGGCGGCUGAGGCGGAAUACAGUUUGGACGAAAUAGACAAGUUGUUCAUCAAUGCAGGCCAGCAGAUCUGGCACAGCCCUUCCAUUGACCAAGUGGCAGAAACAUUACAAGUUGCAGUAAUGUCCAACCAGGCAAGCGAAGCACUUUCCGCAGAGUAUCGCUCACACAUCCUGCUCCUUUGCGAAGCGUAUGGUGCUCGACACAGAAAGAUUGCCAAGCUCGAAAGAGAGCUUGCAGAAGCAAAAAUGGCACUCAAGGGCGAGGCAAGUCGACACAGCUCCAUAGAAGAACACUGGAUGGUCCAGGAUGCACGGUACAAAGCUGAGGUUAAACGCCUGGAGAUGUUUAUUCAUCGAACGUCUGAGCAAGGCAUGGAAGCUGUGGCACUCGCCAGGGCCGGUAGUCUCCUCAGGGGAAGAGCUGGAGUUACCACAGGAGGGCAAAGUGCCAUCGGCAGUGACGUGUACGACGAGGACACCUCGAAUGGAGUAUCUCGAACACGAACCAUGGACGCCAGCAACGAGAUCAGGUUGAGCAGAGGGUUCCGGGUCCAGGAUCGCCUCAAGAAGAAGAAAGGAACAACCGGCGCUCGCCGACUUGAAACACGUGCAGACAGUGAUGGAAAGACACGGCCUGAGCAAGGCCGAGAAGAACUGCAUCCACGAAAUACUUCUAUGCUCUCGAUUGGUCCAGAUGGACGAGGCACAUCAGACAUGUCGCCACACAAAGGUAGUGCCAGGAGGGAGCGCGAUUCUACCGAAGAGUCAACAUUAAUGAAGGAGGUUGGCAUUGUUAGCCGGACAACCUGUACAUCCACCUCUCCCACACAAAACCAGUCAAUCCAGGAUACGGUUACUGAGCUCCGAUGCGAUCUAGGAAGCCACCAAAAUAACUCUCGGCACCAUCGUCAAUUCUCGUUUGUUCCUGGAGAUGAUAUAACAGAUGUACGACUGGGAGGGCCCAUAGGGUCUGGAAUUGCUCUGGGUCAACAUAUCCAGAAGAGUCAGGCACAAACAACUAGUAGAGAGACUGGUCGUUUCUGUGAAGAUAAACCGUAG